UAAUGAGAGAAAUAAGUCUGUAAACGUGUACACGUUGUCUUCCUCUUCCCCGGCAAUUGAUAUCUUCAGCAAAUAGCAAAUAUAUAUAUGAACAUGGAUAGAGGUAUAUAGAUCUUUAUAUAUUGGUUGAGUUAGCAGAGGGAUCAUGUACCAGUGGAGGAAAUUCGAGUUCUUCGAAGAGAAAUAUGGGGGGAAAUGCUCGAUUCCGGAGGAAAUCACCGGAAAAAUUCAGUGCUGUUCCAGCGGGAGAGGCAAAGUCUUGAUUGGAUGCGACGACGGCACCGUCAGUCUUCUAGAUCGAGGGCUCAAGUUCAAUUAUGGUUUCCAAGCUCACUCUUCCUCUAUUCUCUUCCUUCAACAGCUCAAGCAACGGAACUUCCUCUUGACCAUUGGGGAAGAUGAGCAAAUUUCUCCACAGCUAUCGCCAUUGUGCCUCAAGGUUUUUGACCUUGACAAGAUGCAGCCGGAGGGCACAGGCACAAGCACAAGCACGUCCAGUCCUGAUUGCAUUCAAAUAUUGCGGAUAUUCACCAAUCAAUUUCCUGAAGCAAAGAUCACUUCAUUUCUAGUUCUAGAGGAAAUUCCACCAAUAUUAUUCAUAGCUAUUGGAUUAGACAGCGGUUGCAUUUAUUGCAUCCAAGGGGACGUUGCACGUGAACGCAUCAAACGCUUCAAGCUUCAGGUGGAAAAUCAGUCCGAUAAAAGCCCAUCUUCUAUUACAGGUCUAGGAUUCCGAGUGGAUGGUCAAGUCCUUCAGCUAUUUGCAGUUACUCCAACUUCAGUGAGCCUGUUUAACUUUCAGGCUCAACCACCUAGUCGGCAUAUGCUAGAUCAGAUUGGAUCUAAUGUCAAUAGUGUUGCGAUGAGUGAUCGAUCGGAACUGAUCAUUGGUCGGCCUGAGGCUGUGUAUUUUUAUGAAGUUGAUGGCCGGGGUCCUUGUUGGGCCUUUGAGGGAGAGAAAAAAUUCAUUGGGUGGUUUCGUGGAUACCUUUUAUGUGUUAUUGCAGAUCAAAGGAAUAGCAUGAAUACUUUCAAUAUUUAUGACCUCAAAAACCGUUUGAUUGCCCAUAGUAUAAUGGUUAAAGAAGUUUCUCAAAUGCUUUGCGAAUGGGGUAACAUUAUUCUUAUAAUGGCAGACAACUCAGCUUUAUGUAUCGGGGAGAAGGAUAUGGAAAGCAAACUAGAUAUGCUUUUUAAGAAGAAUCUUUAUACAGUAGCUAUCAAUCUUGUUCAGAGUCAGCAAGCUGAUGGUACUGCAACUGCUGAAGUAUUAAGGAAAUAUGGGGAUCAUUUAUACAGCAAAGCAGACUAUGAUGAGGCAAUGGCGCAGUACAUCCACACCAUUGGUCACCUUGAACCUUCAUAUGUGAUUCAGAAGUUUUUAGAUGCACAGAGAAUCCACAACCUUACUAAUUACUUGGAGAAGUUACAUGAGAAGGGGCUUGCUUCCAAAGACCACACCACUCUUCUGUUAAACUGUUACACCAAAUUGAAAGACGUUGAGAAGCUUAACAUGUUCAUUAAAAGUGAUGAUAGCAUGGGGGAGCUUAAAUUUGAUGUGGAAACAGCAAUACGGGUCUGCCGUGCUGCCAGUUAUCAUGAGCAUGCAAUGUACGUUGCUAAGAAGGCUGGGAGGCAUGAAUGGUACUUGAAGAUCUUACUUGAAGACCUGGGUAGCUAUGAGGAAGCCUUGCAGUAUAUUUCUAAUCUUGAACCUAGUCAAGCUGGGGUGACUGUGAAAGAAUAUGGCAAAAUUCUUGUAGAGCACAAACCACGGGAAACUAUUGAAAUACUGAUGAGGCUUUGCACAGAGGAAGGAGAACCAGCCAAGAGGGGGACCUCGCACGGUACAUAUGUAGCCAUGUUGCCAUCUCCUGUUGAUUUUCUCAACAUUUUCAUCCAUCAUCCACAGUCACUUAUGGAGUUUCUUGAGAAAUACUCCAACAAAGUACAGGAGUCACCUGCUCAAGUUGAAAUUCACAACACACUCUUGGAGUUAUACUUAUCUCAUGACCUGAACUUGCCAUCAAUCUCCCAAGCCAACAAUGGAGAAAAUGGUAAUGUCAGAGAAGAAGGACCAUCAGGAGCAGCUGUGAUGUCAAGAUCAGAGUCAAAUGCAAAAUUACGUGAAAAUCAUAGAUUUAUGAAUAAGGAAAAUGAUCUCCAGGAAAGACUUCAGAAGGGGUUAAAAUUGCUCAAGAAUGCAUGGCCAUCUGACCAGGAACAUCCACUAUAUGAUGUUGAUCUUGCUAUAAUUUUAUGCGAAAUGAAUGCUUUUACUGAAGGGCUCUUAUAUCUAUAUGAGAAGAUGAAACAUUAUAAAGAGGUGAUUGCCUGCUACAUGCAGGCACAUGACCAUGAGGGUUUGAUUGCGUGCUGCAAGAGGCUGGGAGAUUCGGGAAAGGGAGGUGACCCUUCUCUUUGGGCAGAUCUAUUGAAGUACUUCGGUGAACUUGGAGAAGAUUGUUCCAAGGAAGUUAAGGAAGUUUUGACAUAUAUUGAAAGGGAUGACAUAUUACCUCCUAUCAUAGUUCUUCAGGCCCUGUCCAGAAACCCAUGCCUCACUCUCUCUGUAAUCAAAGAUUAUGUUGCUCGAAAAUUGGAACAGGAGUCAAAGCUGAUUGAAGAAGAUCGGCUAGCUAUUGAGAAGUAUCAGGAAGAGACAUUGGCAAUGAGAAAAGAAAUUCAAGAUCUUAGGACAAAUGCCCGAAUAUUUCAGCUUAGCAAGUGUACUGCUUGCACUUUCACCCUUGAUCUCCCUGCUGUCCACUUUAUGUGUAUGCACUCCUUCCAUCAGCGUUGCCUUGGUGACAAUGAGAAAGAAUGCCCCGAGUGUGCUCCUGAGUAUAGAUCUGUCCUGGAGAUGAAGAGAAGCUUGGAGCAGAAUUCCAAAGACCAAGAUCGGUUUUUCCAACUAGUCAAAAGUUCAAAGGAUGGGUUCUCUGUGAUCGCGGAAUAUUUUGGGAAGGGGAUUAUUAGCAAAACUACUGAUGGACCCGCUGGCGCUCAUUGAUUGAGCAACACUAUUUCCCGUGGCAACUUCUGAUAUAUUUUUAUUACUUUUGUAGCUUGUGCUGUUUCUUUCAUUAGCUUGCAAAUCUUUCCUGCCCUUUGAACAGAAAUUAGAAAUUUUGGGUUAUGCUUCUGCGACUUUGGGUUUCUCCCUACUCAAUGGGCAUUGGCCAUAUAUUGAACUACUCACACACCUUUCUUUGACCUAGUUAGUCUAGUGAUCUAGGAAAAGAGAAACUUGUCUGGGAAGAACAUUCAAAGAAUACUCAUCGAAUAUCUUAAUCUGUUCAAACUGGCUGGUAUGGUCUCACAAAGGAGGCAUGUUGCUCAGUCUCCCUGAGCAAGAUCAUGAGAAAUGGCCUCUAGCUUCAAGUUUAUUGCAAUUGACAUGCUGGACGAACUUUACCGAAUGUUUCUGCUUAAACUAUUUCUUGAUUUCAUUCAAGUGGUGCAGUAAUGUUGGGCUUGUAUUUUUUGUUAGUACAUAUAGCUGGUUUUGCUUUGUGUUUAUUACCUUUUAUAGCUAUUUGGCAUAUAGAUUGAUAAUUUCAGGCUCUUUAGCCUUUGAGUAGCAUAGUGUCUGGACCAAGGCAGUCGUAGUUUACUGAAUGAUUUGGCACAAACUUAGUUUUGCUUACAAAGGAUGAAGCCAUGCUUUUCUCAGGAGGUCUUGCUUAUUUAGAGGUCUUUGCUUAUCAAUAAAUUAAGGGUGCGGGGUGUCAAUUUGGGUCGUGUUGUGUGACUCUGUGUAUCGAGUAUUUUUGUGUUGUGUUUGCAUCAAGAUUCACGAUUUUUUUUUUAAUUUUUUAUUUAGUGUGUUCUAAAUGUCAAACAUUGAUCUAGAUCAUUUA